AUGCUCUCCCAAUUUAUAACCAUUCCUCCAACGUCCUCCUACCCCCUCCACAUAACGGCGAAACGAUAUCCUUUUCCACGAUUCGACGUUAACGCCAACCCGCGUGCACGUACCCUGUUGGUACUGCAUUCCACGAGCUUUCAUAAAGAGACUUGGGAGCCUUCACUUUCUCGCUUAUUUGACCUCGCGACGAGGGAGCGUGGGGAGGCGUUGAUAAGGGAGGCGUGGGCUGUAGAAUGUCCGAACCACGGUCAAUCGGUGGAGUUGAAUGAGGAGGCGUUGAAGAAGGGGGAGUAUGCUGAUUCUUUUUCGUGCGAGCACUAUGCGGUAGCCAUUCACCACUUCCUCACCUCUGGCGUGGCGGAUUUUUCAAAUCGGAACUUGAUCGGCAUCGGGCACUCUCUAGGCGCAAAUGCCAUACUUCUCUUACAACACCUACUCCCCAGAAUCACAUUCUCAUCGCUCAUCAUCAUCGAACCCAUGGUUAGCCCCGCUGGCGGGGACAAGCUCGCUCCCCUCCGCAAGAAACUCAUCACUUCCGCGAGAAGGAGGCGAGCCGCGUGGCCCUCUCGAGCCGAGGCGUUGAUGGUGUUGAAAGAGAGGGAGGGGACAAAAAAGUGGGAUGGAGCUGUCUUGGAACUGUUUGUUAAACACGCGAUUAGGGAUAAGGAAGAUGGGCAGGUUGGGUUGGCGUGUACGAGGGAACAGGAAGUGGUAUUUGUCCCCACGAUGUACAGCGACGUAGCAGGCGCCACUGAACCCGUGCAUGACCUCGACAGGGUAUGUCACCUUAUACCGGUGCAUCUUAUUCUCGGGAAGAUCAAGGAUUUCAUCCCCGCAAAAGUACACGAAGCUCUCACAUCACCAACCUCCGGGCGAGUGUACGCAUCGAUAAGUGUGAUUGAGGGAACGGGGCACCUGAUACCGCAAGAGAAACCCAAAGAAUUAGGAACCGCUAUAUACGACAUUCUGACGGGCAAGAAAGGGGUGCCGCCAAAGCCCAGACUAUGA